UUUAACAGACACUCAGGCAGCCGCAGCAUCGUCCGCAGCGAGCGCACACACACUGACACAAGUCGCGUGGGCUGUCUGGACGCCGACGCCAUCUGUUCUCGCCCACGAUGGACACGCUGCAAUCAAGACUGCUUUUAAGAUUAUCUAUUUAGGAAAUUUUAACCAGAAUUACCAUAUUCUCUUCGCCCUGAAUAGACUACAUAUUGUAGUGCGUUGGCACGGAUGCUCUAUUAGGCUACUCUGCUGUCUCUUGGCUGGGGAAAAUACUCAGGAGGUACAUUUGUAUCCAUAACAUUUGUCACCGAGAGUGGCUGACUGGUCGUCCUCUGUCAUCUUGAAGUUGUCUUAUUGAGCAUCCUACAGACUGUGAAUUGUGAUGUACUUGUGCCAUGGUUACCCUAGUUCCACAAGGUGAGGAGAGGGAUUGAGUUGGAGAGAUUUUUAACGCGGAGGGAGUUGUGGAUCACGGAGACCAGGAGGAGAGAGACAACCGUCAGCGCCAAUAACACCUUCUGCAUCAGAACCGUCUCGGUUUCUUCCAUAUAUGGUACACCACUAAAACUGGACCAUUGGAUUAAUUUUACAGAGUACCUGUCAACGAGAAUAUAUUUGUUUUAAAUUCACUGUAAUAGACUUCAAUCAGGUCGAAGUGUCUCAUUGCGGUUGAACCCCAUACCAAGGCUAAGGUUGUGGUUUUACCGUUUGGACCAUUUUAAUAAUAAUAUUUCCCUCUCGGGUGGAUUGUUUGACCAUCUCGGACGACCCCAAAUGUGCGAUGUCUGAGCAGUGAGAGCUCGGUGGGAUCUGCUUUGGUCGUCCUGCACAGUAGCAUGGCCCCGUCCCGACGGCACUGCGGAUGGGAGAUGACGCCUCUGUCGGUAUGCCUGCUCCUGUCCAUCUUGAUGUUUCAGCCUGCGCUAGCCAAGGUCUGCAAUGACUAUACGAGGCACGGUCAGGACAACAGCUGGUUCUCGGGGGAUAAUGAAAAGUUGCCCAUCAUGGUGCUCAUGCCGAUGAACGAGUCGGCGCUGAUGAGCAGCAUUAGUCAGGGCAUCGAGCCCGCAGUCCAACUGGCCAUACAACAUAUAAAAGAAUCACGGAAUUACAAGUUUUCACUCAUCACCAAAAUCUACGACACCGAGUGUGACAACGCCAAGGGAUUGAGGGCCUUCUUCGAUGCCAUAUGCUAUGGACCCAAACACCUGAUGAUCUUUGGAGGGGUGUGUCCGUCCGUGACGUCCAUCAUUGCUGAGUCACUGGAGGGGUGGAACCUGGUGCAGCUCUCCUUUGCGGCAACAACCCCUGUUCUGGCUGACAAGAAGAAGUACCCCAACUUCUUCCGGACGGUUCCGUCGGACAACGCAGUGAACCCAGCCGUGGUCAAGUUCCUCAACUUCUACAACUGGAGCCGUGUGGGGACCCUCACACAGGAUGUCCAGAGGUUCUCAGAGGUGAGGAAUGACUUGACCAAUGAGCUGGAGAAGGCAGACAUCCAGAUUGCUGACACUGAGAGCUUCUCCAACGACCCCUGUGUCAAUGUCAAGAAGCUCAAGGAUAAUGAUGUGAGGAUCAUUAUCGGACAGUUUGAUGAGAAUCUGGCCUCCAAAGUAUUCUGCUGUGCGUACAACCUGAACAUGUAUGGUAGUAAGUACCAGUGGAUCAUACCAGGCUGGUACCAGGGGAACUGGUGGGAGCAAGCCAACUCCACCAACUGCACCACCAGGAAGCUGCUGACCGCUAUGGAGGGAUACAUUGCUGUGGACUUUGAACCGCUCAGCGCCAAACAGGUCAAGGGCAUCUCUGGAAGGACACCUAAGGAGUACGAGAGGGAGUACAGUAAAGAGCUGCAGCAGAAGGGGGUGGAGCCCUCGAAGUACCACGGCUUCGCCUACGACGGGAUCUGGGUGAUAGCGAAGACCCUGACCCGCGUCAUGGAUUUACUGCAGCACAAGGAGAGGCAGGACAUGUACCACAACUUCACCGUGGACGACCGGGAGGUGGGCAGGCUGGUGCUGGACGUCAUGAACGAAACCAACUUCUAUGGCGUCACGGGCCAAGUCAUGUUCAGGAACGGAGAACGGAUGGGCACGAUCAAAUUCACACAGUUUCAAGAGGGUCAGGAGGUGAAGGUCGGAGAGUACAACGCUAUUGCUGAUGUCCUGGACCUUAUUAACAACACCAUGAGGUUCCAAGGGGUGGAGCCUCCUAAGGACCGUACGUUUGUGCGUCUGCAGCGCCGCAACAUCAACGUACCCCUUUACAGCAUCUUGUCUGUUAUUACCAUCCUGGGCAUGCUCAUGGCAGGGGCCUUCCUCUUCUUCAACAUCAAGAACCGCAACCACAGACUGAUCAAGAUGUCCAGUCCCUACAUGAACAACCUCAUCAUUCUGGGAGGAAUGCUGUCCUACUCCUCCAUCUUCCUCUUUGGCCUGGAUGGCGCCUUGGUGUCCGACAAAGAGUUUGAGGCCCUGUGCACCGUGAGAACGUGGAUCCUCAUCGUAGGGUAUACGACAGCGUUCGGCGCCAUGUUCGCCAAGACCUGGAGAGUCCACGCGAUCUUCAAGAAUGUCAAGAUGAAGAAAAAGAUUAUCAAGGACCAGAAGCUGCUGAUCAUCGUUGGUGGGAUGCUGCUGAUUGACCUAUGCAUCCUCAUAUGCUGGCAGAUUGUUGACCCACUGAAGAGGACCGUAGAGGAGUACAGCUUGGAGGCAGACCCCCAGGGGCAGGACAUAGCCAUCCGGCCCUUCCUGGAACACUGUGAGAACACACAUAUGACCAUUUGGCUGGGAAUUGUCUACGCUUACAAGGGCCUGCUUAUGUUGUUUGGCUGUUUCCUGGCCUGGGAGACGAGGAAUGUGAGCAUCCCGGCCCUGAAUGACAGCAAGUACAUCGGGAUGAGUGUGUACAAUGUGGGCAUCAUGUGUAUCAUCGGGGCGGCUGUAUCCUUCCUCACGCGAGACCAGCCCAAUGUGCAGUUCUGCAUCGUGGCUCUGGUCAUCAUCUUCUGCAGCACGAUCACUCUCUGUCUGGUGUUUGUGCCAAAGUUCAUCACGAUGAGGACCAAUCCGGAUGCUGCUACUCAGAAUCGGAGGUUAAAGUUCAAUACGAACCAGAAGAAAGAGGACUCCAAGAUGUCCACGUCAGUGACGAGUGUGAACCAGGCCAACACGUCCAGACUGGACGGCCUGCAGACCGACAACCACCGCCUCCGCAUGAAGAUAACAGAGUUGGAUAAGGAACUGGAGGAGGUGACCAUGCAGCUGCAGGACACCCCAGAGAAGACCCCGUACAUCAAGCAGAACCACUACGGCGACGUCAACAACAUCCUCAGCAUACGCAACUUUACCGACAGCAAAGAGGGGGAGAAAUCGAUACUGAAGAAUCAUCUUGAGCAGAAGCCUCAGGCGCAGUGGGGCUCCAUGGACCCUUCCAGAAUAAACAGAGGUCCUCUGGAGGAUAUAAACUCACCUGAACACAUACAGCGCAGGCUGUCGUUGCAGCUGCCCAUCCUGCACCAUGCCUACCUACCCUCCAUAGGGGGGGUGGACGCCAGCUGUACCAGCCCCAACCCCAGCCCCAGCUCCAGCCCGCGGCACAGACACAUCCCACCGUCCUACCGGGUCAUGGUCUCAGGCCUGUGAGCAUCAGUUUCCCCUGGCGCUACCAAGAAAGACAUCCGUGUAAAAAACAACAACAAGCAGACUGUGACGGAGGUCAUCAGCGAUAGUGGAAUAAUAUGUGUGUUGGACCAGGGAGGGGGAAGUUUUAUCCACUCUUCAUGCCUCGGUCUCUAGACCCCCUCACUAGAACCAUGGGUCGGGGAAAGGGCACAGAGGACCAUACAAACGAUGACACGAACCGCAGCUACAACCCCCCCCCCCCCCCCCCCCCCCCCCCCCCCCCCAGCAGCAGAGGACCAGACCUGACCUGACCAGUAGCGUAUCUGCUUCGGAAGGUUUUAUGUUGUUGUUUUUUUCCUUUUGCCAUACACUUGACUAUGUGUGAACUUGUCAAAACUUGAGUAUUUCGCUACUUCAAUGCCUAGAAGGUGUUAGGUGUUACUAUAGGAACAAAGGAGUUCCAGAUCGGACUGAUGUAGGAUUCAUCAAAAUUCACCGUUGUGAACAAACAUGUAAAUAUCAUACUGACUUUGACUUACCGUAAGCUUUGAUUGAGUAUGCUGUGAAUUAACAUAUAGGGGGAUGGGGGGCAGGUCUGUAUCAGCAUAGGUCCUGAAAAACUCAUAUAAAAACUUAAAAACUGGCAUCCUACAAAGCAAAAUGUAAGACAAAUUGGUUUGUGUAAUAUUACUGCAUCAUUGUAGUAUGUUAAUUAUGUUAAAUGGAUUGGCCAUUGGCAAGAAGUAAGGCACCAGCGGCCAAUUCUUUUAACUUUCACACAGCUUAUUUUCCACUUUGCUAAAUUUGCACCAUUCGUUUUUCUUAAAGAUUAUACUAUCCCGUUUCAUAGGUCUUUAAUGUGUUUCAACUACCAUAGUUUAAUUUGUCUCCAAACAAGCAUGACAUGCUAUAGUACAGGUUAAUGCCAUUCUGGGCUUAGAGGGCAACAGAACCAAACAGAAUAGAUUUCCAGGAACUAAUAGUAAUGUGACUCUAUGUACAGUACGUACGUGUGUUGACAUAAACACAAACAAAUAGUCACCUACACAAACACAGAAAGAUACACACCUUUAGGUAAAGUACUCACCGUAUCCUAGUGGUGUUAGGUGUCCUGACAAGGCUUUGCCAAAGAUCAGUCUGAAGACCAGCAAGCUUCCAUUACAACGGGUUGGUCUUCGCCCCACCAGUGUAAAUGGUCCAGAAACUGUCAUGUCACUCUAUGUAGGGAGUGGGGACCACCCAACGCAGCACCCAGAGCUCUGUUACCUCACUGUUGUGAGGCUGAAGGAGAGGCUUUGUAAUGACCAUAUGUUUCAUAAGUCAAUGAAAUAGGUGCAUGGUCAGGCAGCAUCAAAAGUGGUGCAAAACUGAGAUUAAAAACUCGGGAGGAAGUUCUGUUGACAAGAAAUAUAUGCAGAUAGUGAAGAGUGACAAGGAAGUGUGUUUGUCAGUUAGGUUCCAUUGGUAGUUUCGAAACAGUGAAAUUAAGUUUUAAGUUAUUUCAAUCAGUAAAUCUGAAUUUCAAUGACCAAAAUGGCAAGUGGAAGAUGCAUGCGAGCCGUAUGUGAACCCUAUCCAGGAGACCCCAGCACUGUCAGUCAACGAAACAAUGGCACCACAGACUGGGAGAGAAGCAUCUGUAUAUCGUGGCAGGUCUACUAUACAGUGAUGUUGUGACAAAUCACCUGCCACUUAGCAACAGUGGAACAUAACUCAUGGUUGCUUUUAAAAUGUUUUUCUGUGUAGUCGGCCCAAAGGUAAUUUAUUGUUGUAAAAAGGGCCGUAGACAUAGCUAGCUAACGUUAUUUUAUUUGUACAACUGUUGUCACAAAAAAAAAAAAAAAGUGGACAAAAUCCAUGAAUAAGCUACGUAUCAUCAUUAGAAGUCUAAAUAGAUUUGUUUCAGCAUAUAUUUCACCAUUGGUGUCUUGGUUAAAAGACGUUUGUUGAGCACUGUGCCUGUAGUUGUAUCCUGUAGCCUGCAGGAGCCACAGUAUACAGCAGUUCCAGUAGGUAGUGCUGGUGGUGUGGGCUGGGCAAACUAAACUAAACAAGCAUCUGGAACCCAUCUGUAAAUUGUACAAGCUGUCAUGAUUUCUCUCAUUCAACGCUCCAACACCUGGGACAUACAGUACAGUGUGGGAUAGAUAGAUAACUUGGGGACAAUUCCACUCCAGAGAGUGGGCUGCUCUGUGA